UGCCUGAUCAUCGGGGCAGGGCCCUGUGGUCUCCGCGCGGCUAUUGAAUUGGCUUUCCUUGGAGCCCACGUUGUGGUGGUAGAGAAGAGAGAGAUCUUUUCCCGAAACAAUGUGCUGCACCUUUGGCCUUUCACUAUCCAGGACCUGAGGGCACUUGGAGCCAAGAAAUUCUAUGGCCGUUUCUGCACUGGCACCUUGGAUCACAUCAGUAUCCGUCAGCUGCAGUUGAUCCUGCUGAAAGUAGCCUUGUUGUUAGGUGUUCACAUUCACAUCGGUGUACAAUUUAAGGGACUCAUUCAACCAGUAGUGAACUCUCAUGGACAGGUCAGUGAAUGGAGAGCUGACCUGCAGCCUGGCUCAUCUCCCUUGAGCCAGUAUGAGUUUGAUGUCCUCAUCUCUGCUGGUGGUGGAAGGUUUGUGCCAGAAGGCUUUAAGAGGAAGGAGACACGAGGCAAAUUGGCUAUUGGCAUUACCACCAAUUUUAUAAAUAACCAUAGCAGACCUGAGGUGGAGGUGGCUGAGAUAAGUGGCGUGGCUCGCAUAUACCACCAGAAGUUCUUCCAAAAUCUCUGUAACAAAACAGGUAUUGAUUUGGAAAACAUUGUCUACUAUAAAGAUGACACUCACUACUUCGUCAUGACAGCCAAGAAGCAUAGCUUGCUAAAGAAAGGAGUAAUCUUAAAUGAUAAGCUUGACAUAGAGAGCUUACUCUCUCCAGAAAAUGUGAACCAGGAAGCCCUUCUCGCUUAUGCCAAAGAAGCUGCCAACUUCUCCACCAACUACAAGUUGCCCACUUUGCAAUUUGCCCUAAACCAUCGCCACCGUCCUGAUGUUGACAUGUUUGACUUCACCUGCAUGAGCCGUGCAGAAAAUGCAGCGUUGGUGCGUGACUGCAAUGGUGCUAAGCUGCUCAUCGGGUUGGUGGGCGACUGCUUGGUGGAGCCAUUCUGGCCCUUGGGCACUGGUGUGGGCAGAGGUUUCUUGGCAACUUUUGAUGCUGCUUGGAUGGUAAAAAGAUGGGCCUCAGAAGUAUCCCCACUGGAUGUGUUGGCUGAGAGAGAAAGUAUAUAUAAGCGGCUGUCACAGACUUCACCUGACAACAUGAACAAGAAUGUUAAUCAGUACAGCAUUGAUCCUACCACACGAUACCCAAACAUCAACCUUCAGGCAAUCAAGACCUCUCAGGUUCAUAAUCUGUACAUUAAGGGAGAUAUAGAAAUGGAGCAGAACAAGAGAAGAAGUCGUGCCAGCCCAGAGUUAGUCUGCAAAGAUACCAGUAGAGCCUAUGAAGAGCUUCUUAAUUGGUGUCAAUCAAACACUGCCAGUUACCAUGGCAUCAAGGUGGAAGACUUCACACGCUCCUGGAAAAGUGGAUUGGCUCUUUGUGCCCUCAUACAUCACUUUCGCCCAGAUCUUCUGGACUUCAAUUCAUUGGACCCAAAUGACCCUAUUGGGAACAACCAACUGGCUUUAGAUGUGGCUGAGCAAGAGCUAGGCAUUUGUCCAGUCCUCUCCAGCACUGAAAUGGCUUCGCUGUCUGAUGAUGAGCAGCUUGGCUUCAUCACUUAUUUGAGCCAAUUUUAUGAUGCCUUCAGGACUGCUCCAGAAUGGAAGGAAAAAACAGAGACACCUCUUGUCCCAUGUGGCACCAAAAGCGCUAUCCUCUUUCUUAGCAAGCUACAGAAGACUUUAUCUCUCUCACGUAAACGGAACUUGGAAAAGUCUAGUGAGGAUGCAGAAUCCAAGAAAUUAAAGCAAGAGACUGUGACUUCGCCUGUCUCUCUGAUGAAAAGCAGUGAUGCCUGCUAUUUCUGUGGAGAUCACGUCUACAUCCUGGAGAGGGUCAGUGCCGAAGGACGCUUCUUCCAUCGAGGGUGCUUCAAAUGCCAUUACUGCAAAAUAACGUUGCGACUAGGAGAUUUUGUCUUCAAUGAAGAUGAUGGCAACUUCUAUUGCACAUUGCAUUCCUCAGUCUCAUCAGACAUGACCACCCCCAGCAAAGCUUCCUUCAAGGUAGCAUAUGAGGAUUCAUCCUAUCCGGACAGUCCACCAGGCAAAAACAUUUUAGACUUGACUACUGAAGAAAAGAGGGUGGUAAAAAAUCCACAUUGGCCAAGCCUGGAUGAGCUUAAGUCUCCCUUUGUAGAUCAGCUGCCAGAAUGCCAGCCUGAAUCACUUCGGAAAAAAGGUAGUGAAGGCCCCAGCCUAUUUCCAUCAGAAAAGGAAGGUGCUGGUAUAAUAAGCUCCUCUCUUGUGGGAGUUGAGAAGCCAACUGACUCUGUUCCCAAGGCUGAUUCAGCUUUUCAGAUUGAUGGAAGCAGAAGAUCACCUGAGAUCAUGGCACAGGACCAAACAAUUUGGAGUGGUCACUCUAAGGGAGAGCCUUGUCUAAAUCCACUUUCAAGAGGAACAGGUCUUACUAUUUCUGGAGAAGGUUCAAACCCCACCCUAGAGCAAAUCCAACGUGAGAUCAUCCAGAAGAAAAAGAUUUGUCUGUCAGACUUGGAAAAGCUUGAAUUAUCCAGACUGAGUCCAAUUUCAAACCCGCUUGAUGUUUCCGAUAUAGGGCUGGAAGAAUCCAGCUUCAGCAGAGAAUCAGGUUAUUUUCCUUGCUUAUUUUUUUAUUGUAUCUCAAAUGUUCCAAACAGAUGAUAAAAGGGAGAAGGAGUAAAGACCCAAAAAAAGAGAAUGAAUGAAAAUCAGAUGUCUGUGAUUUACAUACUCCCCCCCCCUCCAAUUUUAUUUUCCAUAAUACAAGGCAAAUUCUGUCAUGGUAUUCAUGCUAUGGAACAGGUUUUUUUCUUUGUUGCCAUUUAAAAAGAUUGUGAACUCUGUGUUCUUUGGAAACAAAAAGGUCCCUCAUCAUUAACCACAGAAAGUUGUUUUCUAGUUAUUUUCCAUGACAUUGGCUCUCUUUGAAAAUUACAAAAGGCGGUGAUGUUUGAGGCAAUUUCCAGUUUGCCCAUAUCAGUUCAAGCAGCUUGCCAAGCUCUUUUCUGCACUGAUUUAUUUAUUUUUUACUAUGCCAUUUUCCUAUUCCCUGCAUCCUGCAGCAUCUCUUUACCCACUUCAUUUCUUGGAGCUCUUCAGAAAACCAAGGAGCCACUUGAGAAGAGGCUGCUCAGGACCAGUCACAUCAUAGUGAUGUGAUUGCCUCUGCAUUCCAGACUGGUGAAAUCCUUUAGCAUUGACUAGAAAUUUUCCAGAUCCAUCAGGUGCCUAAAUUAGCCAUGUUAAUUGGCCUUUCCUCCCUGUGAAAUCUAUGGGUGUAGUUAACCCUAUGAUCAGCAGGAAGAGACUUGUCCAAUACUAGAUGGGCUUUCAUCAGUUCUGAGAUACAAUCCAGAUCUAAUGUAUGACUAACACGCCAGGAAUGACCUGGGACAAAUUAAGGGUCCUCAUGUACUCCUAAACUGCCUCCAAGAUUAAAAUCACCCAGCACCAAAAUCUGGGUGAAUCCACAACCACCACAGCAAAUGGAGUCAAGGUGUCCUUUCUCACCUGGACUACUGCA